UUCUGAUCACUGGAAUCUGUCACUGUGUAACUAGACUGUUCUCCGUUGUGUAACUCUUCUGUAGCCACUAUGGAUGGCGUGACAGCGAGACGUCUCUCUCAGAACAUGGCACAGAUGGCUCAGGAUCUCGGGACGGCCUUCUUCCAGAAGCAGCAGCUGAACGCCUCCAUGGCAGACACUUUCCUGGAACAUCUCUGCCUGCUGGACAUUGAUUCUGAGCCCAUAACUGCCCGGAACACCAGCAUCGUCUGCACUAUAGGCCCGGCCUCCCGAUCAGUGGAGAUGCUGAAGGAAAUGAUAAAAGCUGGCAUGAAUAUCGCUCGGUUGAACUUUUCCCACGGGACACACGAGUACCAUGCUGGCUCCAUUCAGAACGUGCGAGAGGCCACCGAGAGCUUUGCCAUCAAUCCCAUGUUCUACCGGCCAGUGGCCAUUGCCUUGGACACCAAGGGACCAGAGAUCCGCACUGGGGUCAUCAAGACAGGGGAGAAUGCGGAGGUGGAGCUGGUGAAAGGUUCCGUCAUUAAGGUGGUGACGGACGAAUCGCUUUGGGACAAGUGUGAUGAGAAGAACCUGUGGGUGGACUACAAGAAUAUCUGUAAAGUGGUCAAGGUCGGGGGCCGGAUAUAUGUGGACGACGGGCUAAUUUCCCUGCUGGUCAAAGAGAUUGGUCCGGAUUACUGCCUGGCAGAGGUGGAGAAUGGGGGCAACCUGUGCAGCAGAAAGGGAGUGAAUCUGCCCGGAGCUGAAGUGGAUCUCCCGGCCUUAUCAGCAAGGGAUUGCUUGGAUCUGAAGUUUGGGCUUGAGCAAGGAGUAGACAUGGUGUUCGCCUCCUUUAUUCGCAAAGCGCAGGACGUUGAAGCCAUCCGCCAGGAGCUAGGGGAGAAAGGGCGCAACAUUCGUAUCAUCAGUAAGAUCGAGAACCACGAGGGGGUGAAAAGGUUUGAUGAGAUUCUGGCGGCCAGCGAUGGUAUUAUGGUGGCCCGUGGAGACCUUGGUAUUGAGAUCCCCGCAGAAAAGGUCUUUCUUGCGCAGAAGAUGAUGAUUGGACGUUGCAAUAGAGCUGGCAAACCAGUUAUCUGUGCUACGCAGAUGCUGGAGAGCAUGAUCAAGAAGCCUCGUCCCACCCGUGCAGAGAGUAGUGACGUGGCCAACGCGGUUCUGGAUGGAGCAGACUGCAUCAUGUUAUCUGGGGAAACUGCCAAGGGACUGUAUCCUGUGGAGUCUGUGCAGAUGCAACAUGCGAUUGCUCGCGAGGCUGAAGCCGCCAUCUAUAACCAGCAGUUGUUUGAAGAGCUGCGCAGAGUGACCCCUCUGACCCAGGAUCCCACAGAGGUGACGGCCAUCGGUGCAGUGGAGGCCUCGUUCAAAUGCUGCGCUGGAGCCAUCAUCGUCCUCACUACUUCUGGCAGGUCUGCUCAGCUUCUCUCUCGUUACCGCCCUCGUGCGCCCAUUAUCGCUGUAACACGGAAUGAGCAGGUAGCACGCCAGGCUCACCUGAACCGUGGCGUGUUUCCAGUCUUAUACCGGGAGCCACAGCAGGACGCCUGCUUAUUCGGUAUCUCUGUACAAAGUGCGUUUACUAUGGAGAGGCGGAAGGUCCGAGGAUUUCUGCAUAAGGAUGACAUUGUCAUUAUCUUGACUGGAUGGAGACCUGGGUCCGGUUAUACCAAUAUCAUGCAGGUGGUGAAAGUCUCCUAGAGGAACGUGACCAAUCCCUCACCUGGCACUCCACAUGUACCAUCCGGGGAAACCUCACAAUCAUAACUAUAGCGUUAUAUUCCGGGGUAACCUUGCAAUAAACAUUCUUACAUCA